AACAGACUUAGGUCUCGAGUUUCGUGAGGUUUCUCGCAGCGCGGAUUCUGUACCUUCACAAACUUCCAGAUGGAUGAAGAAUUAUCUAAGGAAAAUGGAGAGACGUUACCGACACACCAGGAGGACGAGGCCAUGGAGGUGUCUGUGACAACACAGCUAGAAAGUCUCGAUGUUGUUCCUGAAAAUGCAGAUGUGUCAUCAAAUACACAAGCACAUCCAGAGGAAACAGGAGCUGAACAUUCAGCUACGGCAGCAACACUUUCUGUAAACACUGAGUGUAAGACAGUGGACUGUGAUGAUGAUGAUGACUCAGAGGAUUCAGACAGUGACAGUUCUUCCUCUUCCUCCUCAUCGUCCUCUUCUUCCUCAUCCUCCUCCUCUCCCUCUGCCCUUGUAUUGGAGGAUGACGACGACGAUGAGGGCUUCAGUCAACCAGCCCCCAUCAAAACCAGAGAUGAAGUCCUGCUCGAGGAGCUGCCAGCAGUGGAGGAGGUGUGUAUAUCGUUACCAGAGGAUGCGGAACUGCAGCCUAUAGGAACAGUCUCCAGUAUUAUACAGCAGCUCGUUAUCAUUCAGUCUCUGAAAGACACUCCCCCCCUGACUGAUGACAGCAUCAUCUUUAAGUCUAAUAGAGAGGCUGUGGGCAAGGUGUUUGAGGUGUUUGGUCCAGUGUCCAGUCCGCUGUAUAUUGUACGUAUGAACACCGUGGAGCAGUUACACACCAAGGGGCUGAUAGAAGGAGCGACUGUUUAUUAUGCACCGGCCAUCAAAGAGUACACAGGAUACAUCCUCACACAGCAGCUUAGACUUUUAAAGGGAUCUGAUGCAUCGUGGAAGAACGACCAAGAACCACCAGCAGAGGCUUUAGAUUACAGUGAUGAUGAGAAAGAGCAGGAAGCAAAGAGGAAAUUGAAAAACUCUAAAAAGAAACGGGAUAAUAACAAUAAAGAUCAUCCUGCCCACACUACCCAGAACACCUUGCAGCAGCAGCAACAGCAGCAGCAGCGGCACCAGUCUGAUGUUCGGGGUUUCCCACCGAGCCAUGCAGGGCCUUCAUUCAGUCACCAGAACCCGAGGAACAAAAAGCAAGCGUUCAGACACACACAGCUACCACCCCAACACACAAAUGUGCCUCCCAUGUACCUCCCACCUGUCUGCCCUUACCCUCCUCCACCUCCUCACCAUUUCCCCCCACCCAGCUUCCCUCUCUACCCUCCUCCUCCUCCUCCAUCUUUCUUCAAUCCGUCUUUCUCCUCUCCGCUGUGGCCGCCAAACUCCGUCCCCUUCUCUGACCUCCCUCCUCCUCCUCCCCCUCCUCCCCCACCUCAGUGAUGCCCAACACACACUCACAUACAUUUACCAGAGCUGCUGUUGGUAUGCCUUUUUUUUUUUUUUUUUUUUUUUGGAAGAAUAUGUCAUCUGUUUGUAGACUGUCAGACUGGACAGCUGCACAACUCACCCACAUGUGUCAGUGACUGAUUAUAAAACAAAACAUAAACUUAAUGUAGCUGAUGGAGCCAAGUGAUGUACUGUGAGCAGCCACUGUUGUGUUUUGACAGUUUAAACAUUAUUUGAAAUGUUAUUUUAAUGAGUAGAUUUUUUUUCUCCCACAGCUACAGACAUUUGUUCUCUAUCUCGACGUCCUGAGCAAACAGGAGAAGCUGAAAGUCAAAAUGGAGUUUGUCGCAUUCCAAGUAAAUCGGACCUUUUCUUAGUCGCAGCUUCUCAGAUUACAUGUCAUUUAAGAUUACACUUACACCUUGUUCACUCAUAUUUACUGACACACUGUGGAGACAUUGUGAAGUGCAACUCCAGUAACAUGCUGCCAGUCACACUUGUUUGGAUCUGGUUAGAUUGUUUGUUUUAUUUUUCUCUGAACAAAUUGUGUAAAAGAACUUCAGACAAAAUGGAGAAAAAGCUGAAUGUUUCCGAUCAGUGAGACUAAACAGAAAUAGAAUUUCUAGAAACAGAAACUGAUGGAAAACUUGGGUGAGCUCCUUCACAUCUUUGUUUGUGCUAAAACAGAAUUCUGUGCCUUCUAAGCACAUUAUGAGUGUGUGACAAGUGUUGCCACCAGUGUGUCAAAGGAAAUCACAAUCAGCUUGUUGUGCAGCACUGUUUGCAUAUGUAUGUAUGAGGCUUGUAAAUACACAGUGGAUAUGAUAAGUGAUACUAGUGAUACUAGCGUUUGUGUGUGUUUUUUUUUUGUUAAUAUUGAUCAUUUGAGAAACUAAUUAAUACCAGGCAGGUGUGGAUUUUUAUUUUGUCAUGAUUGUCCUGCAAAUUUUAAUUUCAAAUGUGAACUCAGUGUGUUUGAAGUUGCUGAAUGACUGUGUGUCACACACAGUUCACUUUGAGCGGAGCAGAAAAUAUUUCCUGUGGUUUCACAUUUAAGGUGUAAAUAAUACACAAAGCAGUUGUGCUGAGGGGAGAAUGAUGUGUAACUGCUGCAGUUACACUUCUGUACUCAGGCUUCAUUCUUUAAAUGUCUCCCACUGUGUUGUUUUGGUCCUGUCUCACUAUCUGCGUCCUUGUUCCCAGCACACACUCGUGUCUGUGAUGAUGAUUUUUCAGGUGUGGGGAAAUGGACUGUGGAGGAGAGCAGUGGUUCAGUCUGGAUUCAGUUUCAGCUGAAUCCUCUCUACACAUCAUCAUCAUCAUCUGCAGUGAUGGACAGUUGAACUGGAAUCUGUUUCCCCACAUCAUUUCAGACUUUUUUUUUCUUUUUCUUUUUUUACUGGCUGGGAAUGAAAUCUGAAAGCUAAACAAGUUGUUGUCACUUGUGUGAGAUUGUCUAUUUCUGUGUUUUUUGUUGUUUUUUUUUAACCAAGAUUCCAUUUCAGAAACAGCAUCAAUGGGAAAUAAAUGUCUCUCUCUUGUGUAAAUAAGCUGUACGUCAUAGAUUGAGCCACACCUUUCUUGUGUAAGAUGUCUCUGUCCCACUGUUGUGUAAAGCUGCUGCUCUGUCUGUCUGUCUUCCACAACAGUUUGUCAAUAGGACAUUUCUACACAAUGUGAGUAAACCUGAGACAGAGCAAUGAUCAGGUGGAUCCAUGUUUGUCUCUUUAACUGUCCAGACUAAGUCUUCCACUUAGAUUGAAAUAUUGAGGUGAGGUGAAGACAGACCAGGGAAACCUGGGGUGACAUCAUGGUUUGAUUUGAUUGGCUCAUUAUAACAUCAGUCAAAUUGAGAUUUCACGUUUCAAGUUCACGUUGGAUGAAAUGUCAUUUGAGUUUAACACUUAAAUUUAGUCAGUUUAUUAGGAACA